UCAGAGGGAAGGGACCUGGCUAGAGAUACAAAGUGUUCUGUCAUUUGCAUCUCUUCACAAGGAAGCUGUGGGUGUGGUGAGAGCUGUGAGGGAGAGGUGAGAGCUGCCAGCCAGCAGAUGAAGCCUGCUGGCUUAUAAGGAUCACUGGACGACUGGACCCCGUGAAGAGGAGGAGGAGAAAGAGGAGGAGGAGCAGAUGUUUGCACAAAAUCCAGCUGCCUAAGGGCUGGCUGGAGCAGGAGCUGAGGUCGCCUUUGUUGUCCUACUGGGAAAGCAGACUUCCUUCCUUCCAAAUGGGCCCUUCCGUUUACCGAGCUCUCCUAUUGGUUGGCUUCUGUGCUCCAAUUUUCUGCAAGUUGGCAUCCAAUCCUUUCAUCAGAGAGUCCUUCCACCCUCCCACUACGAAGAACAACCCAGUCUCCCAGGUGUCUCCCAGCAACACCAGGUUCGCCUUCUUCCUGUACCAGAGGCUAGCUCAGGAUAGCCCAGGUCAGAAUGUCAUUUUUUCUCCUGUAAGUAUCUCUACUUCCCUAGCCAUGCUGUCUCUGGGGGCCCGCUCGGCCACCAAGACGCAAAUCCUCCGGAGCCUUGGCUUCAACCACACACACGCGCUGGAGCCUACCAUCCACCUGGGCUUCGAGCAACUGGUCCGCUCGCUGAACGCGCGCCAUAGAGAUCGGGACUUGCGCAUGGGCAGUGUCCUCUUCAUCAGGAAGGAGCUGCAGCUGCAGGCUAGUUUUCUGGACAAGGUCAAGAGGCUUUAUGGAACAAAGGUCUUUUCUGAAGACUUCUCAAACACUGUCAGCGCUCAGGCCCGGAUCAACCGUUAUGUGGAGAAGGAAACCAAGGGCAAGGUGGUAGACGUAAUCCAAGACCUUGACUCUCAGGCAGCCAUGGUCCUGGUGAACCACAUCUUCUUUAAAGCCAACUGGACACAGCCCUUUAGUGCUGCAAACACAAACAGGAGCUUCCCAUUCCUUCUGAGCAAGGGCAGCACUGUGCGUGUCCCCAUGAUGCACCAGACGGAGUUGUUUGCUUUUGGUGUGGACAGAGAGCUUGGCUGCACUGUGCUGCAGAUGGACUACAAGGGCGACGCCAUGGCUUUCUUUGUCCUCCCGGACAAGGGCAAGAUGUGGCAGCUGGAGAAAAGCCUGUCAGCCAGGAGGCUGAGAAAGUGGAGGCGUACACUCCAGAAAAGGUGGAUCAAGGUGUUCAUCCCCAAGUUUUCCAUUUCUGCUUCCUACAACCUGGAAACCAUCCUCCCCCAAAUGGGGAUCCGAGAUGCCUUUACCGCAAAUGCUGACUUUUCCGGAAUUACAAAGACACAUUUCCUGCAGGUUUCUAAAGUUGCUCACAAAGCUGUGCUGGAUGUCAGUGAGGAAGGAACAGAAGCCGCAGCAGCCACCACCACCAACCUUGUAGUCCGCUCAAGGGACACCCCUUCUUCUGUCCUCUCCUUCGACAAGCCCUUCCUGAUUCUACUUCUAGAAAAAAGUACAGAGUCUAUUCUCUUUCUAGGGAAAGUUGAAAAUCCCAGGAAGAUGUAAGUGGAAGUGAACUGUGGCCUGGUCUCAUGUUGACAAUGCACGAGAAACAAGAAAUGUGUUGGAAGACGCUCGCAGGCUGAUGUCAAGACUUGUUUCCUUGCUUCAGGUCCACUUGACCCAAACAAGAAUGCAUUGGCCUCAGGGAUAGCCCUCUGGGGCCCAAUCAUCAAAGUGACAUCAGAGCCCGGUCACCCUGCCAGUGGUUCCCCCACUUGUUUUCCCACAUAGCCUUUUUCUGGAGUGUGGCAGGGCAGGCGGGGCUCCAUUCUUCAGAGCUCUGGGGGAUAAUGGCACACAUAACUCAGU